AUUGUAUCACAAGCGGCAUGGGUGUGCUGUGGACAAGCGCGUUUCCCGGUCUAGACUGUACCUUACAUCAUAUGGGUCGCGGCCGACCGGAAAUGCUGGAUGAGGUCCUUCCGCCUCCGCGGACGACAACGCCUUUGUCACAGCUAUAUAGCUCGUGUGCUCAUAGCGCGCUUGACUCGGCUCCUAAGCCGAUCGGACUGUCAUGGCGACAAUCCACUCGAGCGCAGACGAGCCUAGGCAGCCUGGAGCGACGCGAACAGCUGCCUUCAGUCGGACAUGAGACCAUCGCGAAAUGGCAGGGGAGAAUGGGGGCCGGCCAGUCUUUGUAGUCAGCACUUCGCUGAGUCGGCACGCGCGAUCGCCUGCGGCACUCUUCUUUGUCGAUCCCAUGGACCGCAGCUGGUCAAGAUGACGCGCACACACCAGUUCAGUAGAGUCACACAAGUUCUUUUGAACACGUGUGAGGCUUUGCCAUUCAUUGAUUCAAACCGAGAAGUCGCCAAUUGCUUUUGCGCUGACACAAAUGCUUCGGGGUAUGCAUGCAUGGAACAACAGACGGCAGUUUGGAAGAAUAAGGGAAAAGGUGGGACGUCGAUGAAGCACUCUGACUCAAGACUCGCAUGCUGGCUGUUUCGAACCGCACUUAAGCACAGCAGCAGAGACCUGCAGCUGCCAGGUCGCAGACCAGUAUUCAAGAAUCACGAUUGGGGGCACGCCAGCAAAGGCUUGUCUGCGCCCGGUCAUGGUCACACCGCUGCCAACCGCAACUUGGUGACGCCCAAAAUACCCUGCGAUACCAUCUACGAAGAUCCAGCGCAGUCUAUUGUCGCACCCAUGCAGCUUGCGGUUAAACUGCAUGCGAGAAGAAGCUCGCCGUAAAAGAAACAUCAAAGUAGGCUGAGCAGCCAAGAUUCUCAAUUUGCGCGGGCGCAAAGGCCAAAUCUAUCCCUCGAGCGCCGACGAACAACCGUCAAAUCGCGAAUCUCGCACCAAGGACCCUCCUCAAUCACGAUCUGGUUCAAGAAUGUCUCUUGUGCUGCAUCUGUCUGCCUCCUGCCGUGCCAAUCAUUCACGAGCAGGUGGGUCGAUCGUCAUCAGCUAGCCCAGCUAGCCCAGCAGCGCGCAUCACAUCAUCAUCGCGGCGGGCCCCGCGGUGCCCUUCUUACACCCACUUCCCGCCGUGCAUCGCGCCGCCAUGAGGUAUAUAGCUACAGCAGAAGAAGGGCGCUGAGCGUCCGAAUUGCGACGAUGCGUCGCCCUCGGCUAUCUGCUGGCGGCGGAGCGCAGCCAAAGUCGCAU